UUCCGUUUCCGCAUUAGCUUCACUUUUCAGACACGGAGGACCCGUUAUUUUUCAGUUUAUGGACGUUAAUUGUAACAUUUUGGUCGCCUAAAUGUCUUGUUCAGCGUUCGGUUGCAAACUAAGACACAAUCAGGGGUUUUCUAUUAAUUUCUUCCGAUUUCCUUUACGUGACCGCCGCAGGCUGAAACAAUGGGUGAUGAACGUGAGGAGGCAGAACUGGACCCCAACUCCAGCCUCACGUCUGUGCAGUAUGCACUUUGAGGAGGAUCAGUUCUUCAUAGACAACAUGUGCAGAAGGAGGCUGAAGGACACCGCUGUGCCGACUAUUUUCAACUUUCCGCCACAUUUGAGGAAAAAGGAGCCCCCUGCCAGGCCCACGCUGAACAGCUCUACUGGGGGGGUAAACGACCCUUUGGUUUCUCCUGCUGAUCAUUACAUUGUCGUUGUGAAGCAAGAGACUGCCGAGGAGGCCGAUGUCGAUGUGAAGCAAGAGCCUGCCGAGGAGACCGAUGUCGAUGUGAAGCAAGAGCCUGCCGAGGAGACCGAUGUCGUUGACGAUGUCCUUCCUGAUUACGUUGUUAAGCUUGUUAUCAAAGCUGAUGUUAACGAGGCCGCCGCUGAGGACAACGCUGACGUUGAUGAGGUCGCUGCUGAUGACAUGACCGAGUAUACCACAAGCGGAGAUGCAAAAACAGUCAUUCUUGAUCACGACUACUUCUCCAAAAAACAAAAGGAGAUCCGCAUGUGCUCUGAUCACAUGUACGGGAUUUCGGAGUCUCCCGUAAUACUCAAACGUAGAGUGAAUGAACUAUGUGAUAAGCUCGUUGAAGCUCGUAAAAAGUUCAAGUUGAAGUGUCAGGAGACGAGAAGAAUGAAAUCCAAACUGAUGUCCUUAAAAAUUCUGACAAAGGGUCUUCAGAAGAAGUUGAACGCGUUGCAGAAAAAGUUGAACGCGUUGCAGAAAUGCAGACCUAACGGAGGUAUGGUGCAAAAUGUCCAGGAGCCAUUGUUCCUCUGGGUUCCUUGUGUGUGAGAGAGUUUAGAUGUGGCAGGCAGAAGAAGCCGUUG